GGAAACAGUUGAGAGAGAAAAACUCACUGACUAAACACCCUGAGGAUGAACUCUGACUCCUGCCUUCGUCUCCGACUGAAAUCAAACUAACACUGAACAAGGAGAACAGAGAGAGAACUGAGCAACUAGACACUGAAACACAGACUGCUGCAGGAGGAAAAACAAGACAAUCAAAGUCAAACUUCACUCUGAGACAAAAUGGCUUCCAGAUCAGACGAUGAUCUCUGCUGUCCGGUCUGUCUGGAAAUAUUUAAGGAUCCAGUUAUUCUGUCAUGUAGCCACAGCUUCUGUAAGGAGUGUCUGCAGAAAUAUUGGAGAGACAAACCAGGAAGAGAGUGUCCAGUUUGUAAAAGGAGAUCUUCUAAAGAUCAACCACCUUUAAAUCUGGCUCUGAAGAAUCUCUGUGAGUCUUUCUUACAGCAGAGAGAGCAGAGAGCUUCAGAGGAUCUCUGCUCUCUGCACUCUGAGAAACUCAAAUUCUUCUGUCUGGACCAUCAGCAGCCAGUUUGUCUCGUCUGCAGAGAUUCAGAUUUACACAAAAACCAUAAAUUCAAACCCAUCGAUGAAGCUGCUCAGCAACACAAGAAGAACCUUCAGGAAACUCUGGAGCCUUUAAAGAAGAAGCUGGAGCUCAGGAAGAAAGUUCAGGAGGAGUUUGAUCAGACAGCAGAACACCUGAAGGUCCAGGCCCGACACACAGAGAGGCAGAUUAUGGAGCAGUUUAAGCAGCUUCAUCAGUUUCUAGCAGAGGAAGAGGAGGCCAGGCUGGCUGCACUGAGGGAGGAAGAGGAGCAGAAGAGAGGGAUGAUGAAGGAGAAGAUGGAGGCUCUGAGCAGAGAGAUAGCAGCUCUUUCAGACACAGUCAGAGCCACAGAGGAGGAGCUGAGAGCUGAAGACGUCUCAUUCCUGCACAACUACAAGGCUGCAGUGGAAAGAGUCCAGCGCUGCCCCCUGCUGGAGGAUCCACAGCUGCCCUCAGGAGCUCUGAUAGACCAGGCCAAACAUCUGGGCAACCUGGCCUUCAACAUCUGGAGCAACAUGGAGAACAUGGUGACCUACACUCCUCUGGUUCUGGACCCAAACACGGCUGGUCCAGCACUCCAUCUGUCUGAAGAUCUGACCAAUGGGUGGAGAGAAGAGGAUCAACAGCUUCCUGAUAAUCCAGAGAGAUUUCGUUACUGUUGGCGUGCUGUUCUGAGUUCUCAGGGUUUUAACUCAGGGAACCACAGCUGGGAUGUUGAUGUUGGAGACAGUUCAUUCUGGAUACUUGGUGUGUUAGAAGAGUCUGUUCAGAGGAAGACAGUAAUAGAGUCUGGAUUGUGGACUCUAGAGUUAUAUUCAGGUAACUACGCAGCAUGUUCUCUAGUAGGUCCAACCCCUCGUCUCUCAGUCCAGAAUAAUCUCCAGAGGAUCAGAGUGAAUCUGGACUGGGACAGAGGAAAGCUGUCCUUCUCUGAUCUGGAUACUAACACACACAUACACACCUUCACACACACCUUCACUCACAAGAUGUUUCCAUUCUUCGCCGCUGAUGACACAGUAAAGAUCGUACCGAUGAAGAUCUCAGUGAUCAAGCAGCAGCUCUGAUGAUCUCAGCAUGAAGAUCACAAAGUCCAAAUAAAAACUUAUUGAUCAGAUUGAAACUGUGAGUUUUAAAGAGGAAACUGGAGAUGAUCUGAUCAUCUGGAGAUUCUUCAUCUCUGACUUUCCAACUAUUGUUUCCAUUCUAGCAGAAAUUAAUGUCAAUAUGUUGAAUUGAAUGCUGUCUAUUUGUAGCUGCUUAGUGAUAAAACUGAACUACUGAAUGAAUCUGAAAUGACCUUUUCAGUUACUUCUAAGUUUUUAUUUGUGUUGCUUUUGUAACGGGUACCAGGGUUCCGGACCCGUCAGCAGCAGAUAAAGCUGAAAAAUGUAUGAAAAUGAGCACAUGGGAGACGCAGUCUGUGUUGCUCCAAUUUCUCUCAGCUUAUGAGAAAAACGGCAGAGCAACAGGCAGCUCAGAGUCUCCAUGCGCCACCUACUGGUGAAACACCAUUACUACACCCAUCGUCAAAGAAAUGCAUGCUCCUUUUUUUCUAUUGUGAGCACACACCCGUGGGCAUCACACACUCCCGGCAAAAAAAAAAAAAAAAUAGCUCUGACAAUAAAAAAACUUAACACAGAUUCUCAUUAAACCCAUUCCCACUAACUAAACCUUCUCAACCGCAUAGCAUUAUGGAUGGAAAGCUCAUAACUGGUGUGUGGUAUGUAUGAUAUGGCCAUGGAACUUGAGUACACAAAGAAGAAUUUGAGUACGGCGCACUCAGUGGUGGACUAGGUAAAUAUGAAUAUUGCAAUGGAUGGGCAAACACUGCAUUCAAGUUUGCAUGUGACUGUACUGAUGGCUUACCCAGUGAAUCAUAUGUGAGAAAAUGUCUGGGCCUCUUAUUGCGUGUUGACCUCCUGACCUCUGUCUGAUCAAGUUCAGCAGGAGGGAUCAUGAAUUGAUUUUCAGUCUCUGGCCCUACAGACCAGUUUAUCUGCUCCACUUCCACAGGUCUGGUCGAGACAGGUAUGGUUUCAUCCAUGUUUUGCUCAGGUACGUCGUUUAGAGACUCCAAGAUGGCUUCAGGCGAAUAUUCAGUUGGUGUCUGAUUUUCAUCCCCAACUGUUUCAGGGGCCCUCCCAGAAGUUUGAGAUAAAGUUGUCUGAGGUAGAGGAGGUUUCUCGUGCGGACACCUUUGCUCGGUUCUUUGUACUGGUACCCUAAGCCAGUAUCCUGAGGGAAAAUCAUUGUCUGAAUCAGAUGUUUCACCAUUCCUCUCUUCUCUCUCUGUCCUUGUGUCCUUUCUCUGUCUUUGUUUGUGGGUUUGUUUUCUGACAGGAGCCAACGUUGACUGAUGCAGUGUCUCUUCCACAGGUAGGUCAUUUACUAGCAUAAGGAGGUUGCGAUGCAGCGUCCGAGUCUUAUUCUGGUCUCCUGAUUCAGGACAGACAACAUACACUGGGCUGUCUGCCAGCUGUCUUUUAACUAGGUAAACAGCCUUCUCCCAGUAAGUCCGUAAUUUGCCUGGUCCUCCACGUUCACUGAAGUUCCGGACCAAGACUCUGUCUCCUGGAUGCAGAGUUACUCCUUUUGCCUUCUUGUCGUAUGUCACUUUCCCCUUUGCACUAGCCUUUGUGCUACUUUCACUGGCAAUCCGGUAAGCUUGUGACAUCCGCUCUGCCCAUUUCUCCGCGUAUCCUUUAGGUGUUUCUGACUCUUUGUCUCCAGCCAAUCCAAACAAUAAGUCAACUGGGAGGUGUGGAUGACGGCCAUAAAGAAGAAAAAAAGGUGAGUAGCCCGUUGACUCGUGCCGUGUGCAGUUGUACGCGUGUACAACAUGUGGGAGGUGAUCCUUCCACCGCAGCUUUUCACUAUCAGUCAAGGUCCGUAACAUCUGAAGGAUGGUGCGAUUUAGCCUCUCAACUGGAUUCCCUUGGGGAUGAUAUGGUGUUGUUCGUGAGUGGCUCACCCCAGAUAAAAACUGCAAAGUUUGGAACAACUUAUUCUCAAAUUCACGACCCUGGUCGUGAUGCAGCUUUGAUGGAUAUCCGAACCGAGGAAUGAAGUCAUUGAACAUCAGCUCAGCGGCUGUCCUUCCACUUUUAUUUCUUGUGGGAUAUGCCUGAGCAAAUCUUGUGAAAUGAUCGAUCACUACUAAUAUGUAUUCAAACCCUCCCACGCUGGCUUCUAAGUGCAGAUAAUCAAUACACACCAGCUCUAAGGGAAAACUGGAAGUGAUACUACACAUAGGCGCCCUAUCGUAGGUGACAGGUUUCUUGGCUUUGAUGCACAAACACUUUUGAGUGACAUAUUCUUCAAUGUCUUUAGCCAUGAAGGGCCAGUAGAAUCUGUCCCUUGCCAAAUGAAGCACUUUCUCUGUGCCCACAUGGCUCAUCUCAUUGUGCAGAUAUUUCAGAGCUAAUGGUCGAUACUUGGUAGGAAGAACUAGUUGUUUUUUCUGUCCUGCGAAUCUAUAAAGGAGGUCGUUUUCCAAACGCAGCUUACUCCAUUCAUGCAGCAAUUUCUGAGUGUCUCUGCCCACCGUUUUACGUAUUCCAUCUGUUAACGUAAUGUUGGAUGCUUUCAUUUCUCUGACCCGGCCUAUGGCUGAAUCCUCCUUUUGUGCCUUGACAAGGUCCUCGUGGCUUAUGGUCGGGAGAUGAGAAUAGGGUUGUUGGUCAGAACCUCUGGAAGAAGUAAUGAGUGCUGCAACCCAUGGUACCUCUUUGCGCCAAGCUGCUCGACUCCCAUCCCAUGUUGCACACACUGCCUCAUCUGGGAAAUCCUCAGUGCAAGUUUUCCCAUAUGUCUCCAUAUCAAGGGGGAAACGAGACAGUGUAUCAGCAUCAAUAUUGGACUUUCCAGGCCGGUAUUUAAUGUCGAACCGAAAAUCUGAGAGUUCACCCACCCACCUAUGACCAACUGCAUUAAGUUUGGCUGUACUUAAAAUGUAGGUCAGCGGGUUGUUGUCUGUGUAUACCGUAAAGUGAGGGGCAUAGUACAGGUAAUCACGGAACUUCUCACACACAGCCCAUUUCAAUGCAAGAAACUCCAGUUUCCCACUGUGUAGAUGGUAAUUGCGUUCGGCUGGUGUAAGUGUCCUAGAACCGUACCCAAUCACUCUCAGUGUCUCAUUCUGUUGUUGGUACAAAAUGGCUCCCAACCCCUGGUCUGAUGCAUCGGUAUGCAGAAUAAAUGGUAGACUAAAAUCAGGGUAUGCCAGGACAGGUGGAUUUGUUAGAACACUAAUUAGCUGUUCAAGAGCUUCCUGGUGUUUGGUGAUCCAGCUCACUGGUGCUCUGGAAGAUAGUUGGGGCUGUUUGGACUUUCCACUCCGGACUGAAGUCUGAGUUGUACCUGAUUUACUCUGGAGCAACUCAUAGAUCGGUUUAGCAAUCCGGGAAAAAUCCUGAAUAUAUGAGCGGUAAUAGCCGAGAAAUCCAGCCAGCCUCCUAACCUCUCCGACUGUCGUUGGUUGCUUUUUAAUCAAUGUGUGGAUCGCUUCCAAAUCAUGGGGAUCUACUUUGACCCCGUCUGCAGACACAAGACGACCCACAUAUCGAACCUCUGACUUGAACAGUUCGCAUUUUUCAGGUCUCAGUUUCACUCCAUGACGCUGGAGAGCCUGUAGGACCUGGCGGAGUGCUUCAACAUGUUCCAUAAACGACUUGGAAUAGCAGAGUACAUCAUCUAGAUAUGGAAUGCAGCACUCAUCUCGAAGUGGUCCUAACAUUUCCUCCAUACUCCGCUGAAAUGUUGCAGGGGCGUUCGAAAGCCCAAAUGGGAUUCGAACCCACUCAUAGAGUCCCCACGGGGUGAUAAAGGCGGUGAAUUGGCGCGACUUCUCUGCAACAAAACCUUGGUGAUAGGCUUUGCCUUGGUCUAGAAUACUAAACCAUGCAUUUCCUCCAAGGGUGUCGGUCAAGUCCUUUAUUCUGGGUAGUGGGUGUCGAUCAGGCACCGUCUUUUUGUUUAAGAGGCGAUAAUCAAUACAUAGCCGCAGGCUGCCAUCUUUCUUUCGAACACACACAACCGGUGCAGCGUACGGGGACUUGGAUUUGACUAUCCAGCCUUUAAGUAACAGGUCCUGUAUAUACUCUUUCACUUCUCUAAAGAGAGGUUUUGGAACAGAGGAGUAGGUGGCUCUUACAGGAAUCUGAUCUUGAAGAGUGAUCGACAUUUGUAAACUGGGUAUACAUCCAAUAUCAUGGCUGUCUCGUGCAAAAGCUCCAGCUUCUUCACAAAGCAUCUUAUUCACCACUGCUCUUUGAGCCUCAUCUAGAUGGCUGAGGUCUACAGGGGGUUGCCACGAAGGCUGACUGGGAUUGGUGGGUGCUGGAGUAGCACUGUUAACAGUCACCACUGGGUUCGGUACUUCAGCUGAGCUUGCUGAGAUCACCUUAUCAAUGUCAUGAAUGUUGCCAAGAACAGUUUUUCUUGGUAAAGUGAUUGUAUGUCUUGUAUUAUUUCCAACAGGUACAGCCACAUAGGGUCUGUUUGGAUUGUGGACCUCUAAAACACCUGCUCCAACAUCCAGUUCGGCUAAUGGUAUACUGUCAUCAUCAGGCUCAAACAGUACAACAGAGUCAGGGAAAGUGGUGUCAAAUGGAACUUGACAUUUGACCCAGGCCACUUGGCCAGCUGGAAUGACUGUGUCUUGUUUGCCUGUCCGUAGUUGUCCCCACUGCACAGUAUGCUUGUCUGUCUGGAUAAAAUUCACCAGGAGUUCAGCCUUCUCCACUGGAAUGGAAAUGGCAUUACACACCAGGCUGGUGAGUGUUGGAGCUAGGUUCUGAGGCUGCUCUUGUAUCAUUACCUCCAAAAUAUUGAACCCCAGCAAUGGUCUUUCCAGGGCAAGACUACUGACAAGGAAAGGGACAUUAAUAGACAGAUCAGGAUUUGUGUUUCCCAUCAAAUUAACAGUAAUGGGUAACCAGCCAUCAAAUGGGAUAAUACCCCCAUCUAUGGCACAGAUUUUUAGGUCAUCUUCAUCAUCCAGGAUUUCACUGAGUGGCUUGACAGUAAUUUCUGGUAAGUAUUUGUCUUUCCAGCUUUUAUCGAUCAUGCUCACCUGGGCACCUGUGUCUAGUAAAGCAGUGACAGCAAAACCAUUUAAGCUACACUGGGUUAAAGCUUUUCUCCCAAUGAGCUUGGCUAGACAAUCACUUUUGCUGUUUGGUGAGUCAUGGCUGGUUGCCCUUGUCAAGUGGGUUGGCUGACUGUGUUUGUGGUGUUUUGUUCCCUGGUUGGGUACAUGGAUGGUUACAGCAUGUUGUUGUUCAGACUCACCAAUUUGGCCUGUUGCAUGUAGGAACUGUUGGGGCCCGGUCACUGUCUGUCCCCCGGCAGGGACCGGCUCCAGUUUCCCUGACGUGUCGGUUUCUGGAGGCAGCCCACUGCUUUGUGACCUUCCUCACCACAGUGAAAACAAUGGGUACAGUCAGGACGAUUGUUUUCAAGGCACUUCGUGCAGCCAUAGCGCCUUCCUUUUUGCUUGUCCCUGCUGUGUCUUGGUGGCUGAUUAUUUUGUUCAGAUGCUUGUUGUUGAGUUAAUUUUUGUAAUGACUCAACAAGCGUGGUGAGUUUUUCAACUUUUUCUUUUAGUUGUUGGAUCCCAUCAGCUUGUGGUGUUCUGCUUAGACCCUCUCUUGCAUUUGGAUUUUGGGCGGCAUUUGCCUCAACCUGAGCACUGUGUAAAUUUGUGGGUCUUUGGCGAGGAGCUGACCCCAAACGUCUCUGUCUUUCAUUCUCAUCACUUAUUAUUUUCCUCAUAUGUCGUAGUAUUGCUUCAUCAGUUACACAAGGGUCAGCUAAAAGGGGUUUAAGCUCUCGACGAACAUCAUCAUGCUUGUGUCCAAGGCCUUGAUACACAGUAUGAAUGAAUAUGUCUUGAACUGUGCUUGGGCUGUACUUAACAUCUGUGUCAGCAUGUUUUGAGGCCAAUAAGAUCUUUUGCUUAAGCCCAAUGACUCUGUACAGGAAUUGUUGGGGUGUUUCAUUGUCUCUUUGUUUGGUACACAUGAGCUCCUGGAAAAACUGUGUUGCUUUGCUCACCAAGAUGGGAGUGUAGAAAGGCUUUAAGUUCGUCUACUGUCAACUCGUCCUUAUUCAUCAACAUCUCCUUAAAAUUUCCAGGUUUGAUAACUCUGAGGACUGCCCUCACAAUUUCUGUGUCACUGAACUGAUCCCUUAAUCCCUCAUCAAUCUGGCGACAAAUAUUAUUGUAGUUAAUGUCUGACCCCUGGUCUCCAAUUUGGCCUCCCUGUAUUUUAAACUCUCUACGAUGAAGGUAGGAGAGAUCUCUUAAUGAGAUCAGACCGUCAUGAGCCAGAGAUGUGCUUACUUUGUCUCUGUUCUCUGUGUUCUGCAACUUAAUCUGUGACUUUCCUGGUGAAUGUGAUGCAGACUGUGAGGACAUGGUGGGUAUGUACUGCCUGACCUGCUUGCUAAGCUCUUCACAACUGGCAAGUAUUUUCUGUAUGUCAGUGGUACUCAUAUCACUAGCCAUCAAUGUUCCCUGUUUAUCUGCAUUUACAUCACUUACAGUAGAAAGAUCAUUUUGAAAUGUAACCACAGGGUCAACAAAACCUUUAACUUGACUGUCCUUUAAAUCAGCAUCAUGACCUGGUGGAUUUACCAAAGGAACCUGUGUGAUCCUGGCAUCCGGACGAUGCACUUGUAGUUGAGAUGCAUCACCCUGAAUGGCUGCAUCCACAAGGUCCCUUAGCUCUAACAAAUGAGCCAUGCCGGUGUCCUCAGACUCUAGCAAAGUCUUACUGCCCAUAAAACUGGUGAUGUACUCAUAGCAAUCCUCUUCAUCUAUAGACUCAAGAUGAAGUGGCUCCACCUCUGAAACUGGACCCACUGACCUGGCAAUCUGGAACAGUUCAUCUGCAGGUAGGUUGAGUAAGUCCUUCUUGAUGGACCACACCAAGCUUUUCCUCUCACCGUCUGCCAUAGCUGUUCCUUCUUCCCAGCAGUUGACUACACCAUUCAAAGUCCUGGAGCCCUUUCUCUCUUUGUCUUUUCCCUCACCGGUGGACAGGGUAAGACGCCUUCCUCAUCCGCUGAGAUGAACGAUGGACUGUAUGAGGUCCACAGUAUCUGUAUCACUGGAACCACGUCCCGGUCUGGCAGGGAGUAGGAUCCCGGACGAGCCCCCACAACUGUAACGGGUACCAGGGUUCCGGACCCGUCAGCAGCAGAUAAAGCUGAAAAAUGUAUGAAAAUGAGCACAUGGGAGACGCAGUCUGUGUUGCUCCAAUUUCUCUCAGCUUAUGAGAAAAACGGCAGAGCAACAGGCAGCUCAGAGUCUCCAUGCGCCACCUACUGGUGAAACACCAUUACUACACCCAUCGUCAAAGAAAUGCAUGCUCCUUUUUUUCUAUUGUGAGCACACACCCGUGGGCAUCACACUUUGACUAUUUCUCUGAUCAAUGCUGUGUUUAAACUUUCUAUCAUCACUUUUAUUAUUCAGUAAAUACCAGAAAAUACUGUGAUAAUAAUCUAAGUCCAUGUUGUCCAUCGUUAAUAACAGGAGAUUUUAAUCUGGUCUAGAGACUUUCUGUUCAGUUCAGUUCCAAACACUUUGGUUCAUCAGACCUUCAUAAUUAAGAGAUUAUCAUCCAGUUUGUUACUAUAAAGAUUUCAGAACAAUGAUAAACUCUACAUGAUGUUUGUGAAGCAGCAAAAACUGAAUAUUGUUGCAGGAGGGCAGCGUUAAUCUUUCAUUUCUGAUUCUUUAGUCUGAGUUUAGUUUUGGUUUUGAAACAAAACAGAGGAAGAAGUUUUGGACUUUUCAUCUCUGUAUAAUUUGUUUUCCAUUUUUAGGGAGAUGAUGUAUGAAAUAAGUGCAGAACUGUAAUAAAUGUUAUUUCCAUUCA